AUGGCUCCUCGACCGAUUUUUGCUGCGACUCAUCCCAGGGCGUGUUCAACGGCCUUUGAAAGGGUGUUCAUGGCCCGUCGUGAUAUCCUCGAGUGUGGGCACGAGCCAUUCGGUGAUGCCUUUUACUUUGGCCCAGAGUUCUUGAGCGACCGCUUCAGGGACGAUGCGGAUUAUCGCAAGAACACGGAAUACUGCAACACCACUUUCAAGGAUGUCUUGGAGAGUCUCGCGGAUGCGGAAAAAGAGGGCAAGCGUCUCUUCAUCAAAGACAUGGCAUACUAUCUGGUGCCACCCGAUGGGAAGCCAUCACAAAUCGCACCGUCUCUCGGCGGCGGCAAGGAGCCCGGCAAUCCAACCGUCCUGCCAGUCGACAUCUUGAAGCGCUUCCACUUCACUUUUCUCAUCCGCCACCCCAAGCGGUCCAUCCCCUCUUACUACCGCUGCACAAUCCCUCCUCUGAGCGAAAUCACCGGUUUCGACUACUUCAUGCCCAACGAGGCCGGAUACGUGGAGCUCGUCCGGCUGCUGGACUUUUUGCUGGAGCGCGGAAUCGUCGAUAGAGACCACAUCACUGCCAUUGACGCUGAUGAUUUGCUCGAUAAGCCGGAGCCAAUCAUUCGCGAGUAUUGUGCGCGCAUUGGCAUUGACUUCAAGCCAGAGAUGCUCAAGUGGACCGAGGAGGAUCGCGAGUAUGCGGCACAGAUGUUUGCCAAGUGGAAUGGCUUUCACGAUGACGCUCUCAAGAAUUCUUGUUUUCAGGCGCGAUCUCACGCUCAGAAAACUUCGACUGUUGAGUCGGAGAAUAAGGAGUGGGCGGAAAAGUACGGGCCUGAGGCGCAAACGGUUAUUCGCCAGACUGUCGAUGACAACAUUCCUCAUUAUGAAUACUUGAAGCAAUUUUGCAUUACUGUUUAA